GCGGCUGCUGCUGCUGCUGCUGCGGGCGCCGCCGACUCCGGCUCCUGCCCCAUCCCCGGCGGCCGCUGCCAGCCUUCUGCGGACGGCUACAGCUGCACCCCCGGCGGGACGCUCUAUUCCACCACCCCAGGGGGUACCAGGAUCAUCUAUGACCGCAAGUUCCUGCUGGAGUGUAAAAACUCCCCCAUUGCUAAGACUCCGCCCUGCUGCCUCCCACAGAUCCCUGGUGUCACCACUCCAACCCAUACAGCACUCUCCAAGCUUGAGGACCUGAAAGAGCAAAAUGAGCUGGAGGAAGAGAGUCCAGAGGAAGAGCAGUUUAAGAUGGACAUCUGAGCUCCCUGCUAGCAUGCUCUACUGGCCAAUGUGAGGGAACUCUCAGCCCCUUGCCCUGUCUCAGCCCUGGGGCAGUAGAAGAGAGUGAGGCUUUGGUGGUGGUGCCAGCUGCGUGCCUGGCCUGAGUUUUUUUAAUACUGCCUUUCUGCAAUCAAUUUUUGUCCUGGAUCUCUUUAUGGAACUGGAGGCCUGGGCUCUGCUGCCCAGGGGGGCUGGCUUUGGCUCCUGCCCUGCUGACUGUUAAGCAUGAGUUCCCCUGGACUCACUAUGAGGCUCUUCAAUAAAGAACCUGAAAAGCC